AUGGACGCUGCCGCAACGCCGACUGCCCGCAUCAACAAGUUCCAAGGGACCAACUUCCACACAUGGAAGUUUACAAUGCAGAUGGUCCUGGAAGAGCGCGACCUGUGGGAGGUCACAUGUGGAGAAGUCAAGCUGGAGCACUGCACCAACGUGAUGGAUCAAUCGACAUUCUAG